AUGGCGUGGAGCCCGUCGUGGGAUCUCGCGCGGUGCGCCGGACGCGGGGUGGCGAUCGAGGGCGCGUUCGGGACGGACGAUCGCGAGACGACGUCCGGGGAGUGCGCGAUCGCGCGCGAGGGAUCGGGAGUGGCGGUGACGGCGGCGCGAGGGGGGUGGCGAGGGGAGAAACGGGCGAGACGGUUGGACGCGGGGACGGCGGCGACGGAUCGGGGGGGGCGGGAGUCCAGCGAGCGCGACGGUGGACGGAUGGGGGACGCGUGCGCGGUGGAGUGGUCGGCGAUCGGGGCGUGUGGGUCGGGCGAGCGGUGCGCGCUCGCGGUGUGCGGGACGGAUGGGACGUGCGCGGCGUUCGCGCCGCCGGCGACGGCGGGCUCGAGCGAGUGGCGGCUCGUGGCGGAUCUGAGCGAGGUGUGGCGACGGACGUGCGAGAGCGAAGGGUACGCGUACGCGGUACAUGACGUGGACGUCGGAACGAGCUCGAUGGCGGCGGCGAGUAGAUGGUUCGAACGGUUUGAUUACGUCGAGCGCGAGACAAACGCGCGCGAGCGCUCCGAACGGGUAAAAGACGAGCGUGACGCCGAGGCGCCGAAACCGAUGCCGGCGACGAGUUUGGACAAUUCUACCAUCGACAACGGACGCGAGGUGUACGUGUACGGCGCCCUGCGCGACGGCGCGCGCGUCGAGGUCUCGAGCGGACAGGAGACGACGCCCACGUUUUGGCGACAAGGCACCGUGAUUUCGGCAAACUUUAACGCCGCACCGCGCGUGCGCGUCGAGUACGACGACCAAACCACUCCUGGCGAGUUUCUCGUGUGGAGUCCCGGCGACUUUGACGGCGUACACGGCGAUGAAGUCCGGAUGAUUCCGUCUCAAGAGUGCGUGGCGAUUCGUCGUGUUCGUCCUCAGAGAGCGCUGUGCCGCGUACGUCCUGUUCCUCCUGACGGAUCGUUCUCACUGAAGAGCGUGCGAGAAGGAGAAAUCAUAGAGGUGUGCCAGGGAGCUCCGGCGACGUGGCGACUUGCGAGAGUAGUUUCGAUGGACGGUCAGAAGAGCGCGCGCGUCAAGUGCAGCGAACGCGGCGAAGAAUUAGUUGUCGGUGCGCAUGCGUGUCGAACUCGCUCGCAAUGGCUCGGCUCGGCGCGUGGAUGGGUGCAAUCGAGUGACAACGCGCGCAUACCUACGUGCGAAGAAGACGCCGAGGCAGCUCUGCGAGAAAAUCUCGACGAAGAGAUGCGCGACGCCACAGUUCCCGCAGCUUCGCGAUCCGCCAAUCAAGGAGAGGGUAAACAGUCAGUAUUGACGACGAAUGCUCCAACGGGUCGGACAUCGACCAUCGUUCGAGAUUCAUCCUCGCCGUUUGCGCUGCCCGGAAAUUUCACGACGAAGACGUACGACGAUGAUCCGAUGCGCAGAGCCGAGUUGUUACAAAUCGUCUCUUGCGCGUGGGCGCAAGUGCCGUACGACUCGAGUAAGACCAGCGAUCCUCCGGCGAACAUUCUGGCGUGUGGAACGAAGAGUGGUCAUAUCGUGGUUUUUCUUGUCUCGGACGACGGCACCGCCGAUGUCGUCGCCGUUCAGCGAGUGUCCAAGUAUGGUUGGAUUUCGAGCCUGGCGUUUCGCAAAACAUCAAUCGAGAGGGGCGAGCAUGUGGACUUGUUCGUAGGAUGCUCGAGCGGAUGCAUUCUUAAUGUGCGCGGAGAUAUCGAUAUAGCACGAUCCGCAAUUUCGCGGCGUUCUCAAACGGGCGUGAUGUUUCAAGAACUCAUCAACUAUAGCCUUGAGGAGCGCGGUGCGGUGACGUGCAUUUCGAUUUCUUACGAUUUAGUAAUCGCCGGUAGAGCCUCGGGCGACGUCUGGAUGUGCGAUUUGAAACGACCCGAAGGCCAAACUGGUACUCGCGCAAGAUACUGCGAGGUACGUCGAGUGUCGUUGGAACCCAUCGCCGGCGUGUGUUGGUCAAACGGCGACGUUCCAGGUGAGGCGCUCGCGCACGUCAUCAGCGGCGCGACGCACGUCGUGUUCAAUCCUUUCUCGAAGGAUGGGAAACCGACGUUCACGUACCCAUCGGAUGAUAACGAUGCUUUGGGUAAGCGCAAGCGCGCGUCGUAUCGCAUCGUGGACUUCUCUCGAGGCCUCGCUCCGUCUCCCGACGGACGCUCCGUCGCUCGAUGCGACGCGUAUGUCCAAACAAGCGAUCUGCGCACCAAGAGCGGAUUCGCGUGGGCUUCGAAAUACGAUCGCGGUAGAAUCGCCAUCUGGCGCGUCCCAUCGCGGAUUAGCCAAACGUAG